CAAGAUUCACCGCCUCUACCCAUGGACUCUCCACGCCGGUCUCGGAAUCGCGCCGCGUGUCGAAGAUGUCAAAGACGGAAGAUCCGCUGUGACGGGGAUCUCCCCCAGUGCGCAUCCUGCAGAAAGGCGAAUGUCGCCUGUCUGAAUGAGGGCAAGCAAGAAGUGAACCGAACAUAUAUUGCGACUCUUCUGAAAAGAGUGCAAUGGCUAGAAUCCUUAAUCAAGGAACAUGAUUCGACAGUACGGCUAGAUGAUGGCCCGCAAGCUGACUUGUCAGAUACCAUCUCACUAUUAGAGCCUACACAAGGAGAGUCCCAACUAGAUCCUGUCAUUCUGGAGGCUGCUCGCGCUGUUCCAUCUACCAUACCACACGACGAGCAAUCGUCGGAGCCCAGAGAACUUGAAUCAUCUCGUACACAAUCAAGACCGGCUCAUGAAAUCGGCCUGGUCUCUCUUUCUUCUGGGGGCGAGCCGAGAUAUAUAGGCCCUUCAAGCGGAUACUUCCUGGCAAAUCUAGUCUUUUCGAAUGCUGGUCGUCGUGCGGGACUAUCGGGCAACAAUGCGUCAGGAAAUCAUGGAAAUUCCGACCGGCCCAUGUCUCUAUCUUCGGAAUUUUUCAAUAGCCCAGCACCACUUCCGAGUCGCAAGGCAGAUGCCAUUGAACUCACCUCAAAAUUUUUCACUUCCGUUCAUCUGAUAUACCCGUUUCUACAUGAGCCUUCCCACAUGGCAAGACUUGAAAGGUUGUAUUGUUCAACUAAUUACGACUCGAUUGACGCCUUCCACGUCUUCAUGGUACUCGCGAUAGCAGCCUCGGAUCUUUCCCGACGAAUUCGAAUUCCUCUUUCAGCUGAGGGAUAUUAUACGGCAGCCACGCAGCACUUCGAGCGUGCAUACGCUGAAGGGUCUUUAGAGGGACUCCAAAGCCUGCUGCUACUAAUGGUCUAUGGGCUUCAUAAUCCAUCAUGCGACAUCAAUGUGUGGAGCUUGAAUUAUCAAUGCUUAGGUACAUUGAUUGACCUGGGCUUACAGCGUGACGUUCGCACAUCAUCAGCAUUCCCCAUCUCCUUUCUGGAGCAAGAGAUGAGAACUCGCAUCUUCUGGGUGGUAUACAGCUUCGAUCGAACAUUGGGAACUAUGAUGGGUCGACCUAUCGGAGUGAGAGAUGAAGCGUGCGAGCUUAGGCUCCCUUCCAAUGUCUCAGACAGUGAUCUUCUUGAGCAAACAACUGUGGAAGGAUCUACGCAUAGAUCAACAUCUCAUAUGACAUUUUCGAUUCAUCUCUUCAAGCUCGCACGGAUCAAUUCCGAAAUCAAAUAUGUCAUGCACAGCAUUUGCAGGGACGCUCCGCAAUAUGCCUAUCCUCCCGUUGUCGAUAUCCACUCAUGGCAAAAGGACAUGAUUGACCGUUUGCAGUCAUGGCUUGCAGAUAUUCCCAUUACGCCCUCAAAUGAGGUGAUCUCGAAAGUCUGCGAAACCAAAUAUCACGAAAUGAUGAUCCUGAUUCUCCGGCCCAGCCCGGGAAUCCCUGAUCCAUCAGAAGAGAUGCUCGGUCGAUGCUUUCAGCAUGCCGUAGAUCUCCUCCGCGGAUUUGGACAGCUGUACCGCCAGGAAGCUCUUUUAUACAGUAGACUCAUUGUUCACUCAAUCUUUUUGAGCACGCUCAUCAUGCUUCAUUGCUUGUGGAGACUGCCACAUGUUGCAUCCGAGGUGCAGAUAGAUGAAGUGGUAGCUGACACGAGCAUCAGUCUGAAUGUUCUAAGCAGCAUCGGAGAGUACUGGACUGAGGCUAAGCGGGCACGGGAUUGUAUCCAUGAGUUGUCUGGUGCCACUGUCCAGAGGCUCGUCAAGAUGCGAAGCUUGGAGGUCUCUUCAAAUCCAAUUCGAAAAGGCAAGAAUCACGCAAAUUCUGGCACUAGAAGAGCCCGAAGGCCACAAACUACAAAUAUACAGACUACAAAUGAAGCAAUGGAGGCAACUCCUGCUCCUCGUCCUCAUUCUGGUGUUGAGGACGUACCAGAAAAUCCCUACAUGGAUGAUUACGACUCCAACGUUGAGUCAAUGAGCUGGCUCAACGAUCCCAUGCCAGGAGGCUUCAUGGACUUCAGCGGCGCUCCAGACUUUGAUACUCUGAUGUGGGAAGUCUUCAACGCCAGCUCGGGAUAG